AUGCAGACCUUCAAAAUCGAACUUCCUCAUAGCCACUUCUCUGGCCGCUUUUCUAUCCCUAAAAAUCGCGCCCCCGGCAAGUUCUUACCUUUGCUUGUUUGCAUCCACGGCGGCAGCUAUGAUUCGGAAUACUUCGAUGCCAGCCCCGAGUACUCGAUUACCGCCGUCACAGAGGCCUUGGGCAUCCCCGUCGUUGCUAUAGACCGCCCAGGCUACGGCGAGAGUGACCGUUUCCCGUCUCCUUUUCCUAGCGAUGGGCCUCGCAAAGACGAGACAUUCGCGCACUGGCAAGGCUUAUACCUCAACACAUCAGUUCUCCCCGCCGUAUGGGAGGAAUUCGGAGGAAAGUCGGGCGCAACAACGGUUGUCCUUCUGGCGCACUCCAUUGGCGGCAUGAUGGCUAUCAGUGCUGCUGGUCAAGACAGUGGUCGUUACCCCUUGGCCGGACUGAUCACUUCGGGAAUUGGUGCGGAGCUAAAUCUGGAAAUCAGUGCCAAGUUUUUGAGUCUGGUUGGAUCGACCGAGCAAACACAUGCAAAGUUCGAUCCGGUCAUCAAGGACGCCGCAAUGCUCCAGCUGCCAGCCAGGAAGAUCACCAAUCCUCAAGUGGCUCAAUUUUCUGAGCGGCUCAAUAAGCCGACUCCUAUCCAAGAAUUGAUUGACAUAAACACAACUUGGCUUGAUUCAUGGCAUCGGUACUCACAUGCGAUCAAGGUGCCGGUGAUGUAUGGCAUCAGCGAAUUUGACGAACUCUGGAUCUCCACGCAGGAGGCCGUCGACAAAUACCGUGACGCGUUUCCAGCAAGUCCGCGAGUAGAAUGUGGGAUUGUGCCGAUGGCACCGCAUUGUAUUGAAUUAAGUCUGCAGGGCAGAGGGUGGCUGACCAGGUGUUGCGGGUUUGCGAUGGAAUGCGCUGGCUGGGAUUAUCUGAAUAACCGCGGACGAGUCCUGACAUGA